AUGUCUUUCGUGAAAUAUCAACGUUGCCUGAAACCAAUUCCAAACGCAGUCGUUGCAAAUGUCGAUGAUGGUCUGAUUGAAAACGGAAGUGGUAGAACUAGUUCUGAUGAUGGUAUCGGAAUUUCGAACUCGAAUAUCGACAGAAGUUCCGCCACGUCAGUAUUAUUUCGCGUUGUGGAUUCAGGGUCCAAAGCUGAGCGAAAGUAUGCUGAAGUUAUCUUACCAGUACGUGCGCGUGGAAAUCUCCUCCUUUGCUCACUUCUUAUAGGUAAUGUUUGUGUCAAUUCGGGUAUUUCCAUUCUCUUGGAUGACCUCACUUCUGGUUAUGUGGCUCUGAUUGCCUCAUCUGCUGGUAUUGUGGUGUUUGGUGAAAUUUUCCCUCAAAGUUUAUGUGUCAAGAAAGGUCUAGCUGUCGGUGCGUACACUAUUUGGGUUACACGAUUCUUCAUGAUACUUACAUUCCCAAUAGCGUUUCCGAUUUCAAAGAUUCUGGAUUUUGUUCUUGGCGAAGAGGUGGUGUCAUAUGAUCGAAAGCGUCUCAUGGAGUUGAUUAAAAUGAGCAACGAGGAGGGAUUAGUUGAGGAGUUGAAGAUAGCAGUCGGUGCAAUGGAAAUUAGUGACAAGACAGUCACUGACGUGAUGACUCGCAUCGAUGUAAGUGAUCGUAACAAUGUGGUAUCACUUUUGUUCGUCAAAGAUCUCGCGCUGUUAGAUCCGGAUGACAAUUUCACCAUACAGACCGUUUGCGGUUAUCAUCAGCAUCCUCUCCGUUUCGUUAUGGAAGAUACACCCUUGCGUGUUAUGCUGGAGGAGUUCAAGAAGGGCGACUACCACUUAGCUAUGGUUCAACGUAUUGUUUCCGCAGAAGAUAGCGAUCCAACAUACGAACUCGUAGGGGUUGUCACCCUUGAAGAUAUUGUAGAAGAAAUUCUUCAGGCAGAAAUUGUGGACGAAACUGAUGCUGUGAUGGAUAACGUGCAUAGAACAAGGAGGCGUGGUGCGCAGGCCCGUGAUUUGUCUUGUCUCAUGGAUGCCGAUGAGCCUUCUCGAGUGAUUAGUGUGCAGAUGCAGUUAGUAACUAUGCAGUGGCUAACCACAAAUCACAAGGCCUUCAGUGCUGAUCUAAUCAGUCAAUCCGUGUUGGAGAAGUUGAUACGACAGCACUGUCGUCGUGUGGAGUUGUCUCACCUCCCGGAUAUGUAUGAGCCGAAGGCUGUAGUUCCUCGAACUGCGAAGCUUUAUACCAAGCAAGAAUACUCCGAAAAGUUCAUCCUUAUAUUGGAGGGUCGAGCGCUGGUUACGAUUGGACAGGAUGAAAUGAUGUUCGAGGCUGGGCCGUGGUUUGCGUUUGGAACGGAAAUGUUAGAGCGUCUGGUGGCUAAAAGUGAAUGCGAUUCUCGAGCUUUGGGAGAUGUCGACCAUUCGAGAAAUUCGCUCGUCAGUGAUACGACCAAGAAACUUGGCUUCAUCCCCGAUUACACCGUGGUUGUGCGUGAUGAGUGUACUUUUUUGGAGAUUACUGCUCAUAGUUGGAUGCUUGCCUGCAGAAGUACACUCAUGAGCCGUGGAGGGACUAGGCCUUCAUUCACUGACGUGGAUGGUCUGACAUCUGGAGCAGCAGGUGACGAGGACUCGCCAUGGGCAACUGUAGAGGAGCCAUCGAAGAGAAGUUCGCUAGUAUCACCUCAGCUAUUACUACGGUGGAAAAAUCGCCGUGGCACAUAUGUGUAG